UCGUGCAGCUGCAGAAAGAUUGGCAUUUGUAACCACUCUGGAGAGGCUUUAUUUGAGUCUUUUGUUAGCGCACGAUGACGACGUGGAGGCCAGUGUUACUUUGCUUCUAUUUCCAAUUUGCUCUUCAUGCAGAGACGCAGACGGAGAUUCCACUGAAUGUGGCACUUGUGGUGGACAAGAGUCUCGCAGACAAGUUCAUCAGCUUUCAAGGAGAAGAAAAAUACAUGAUCAACGUAUUCCGCGCUGUUAGCCAGAGGCUUCAUGAAGCCACAAACAGAACGCUACGAGUACGCCUUCCAUGUGUUCGGAACAUCAGUGAAUUUAACGAAAAUAUCACGCUUGUGGAAAAAGGUACUGGAGCAGUGUACCCGAAAAAGACAGCGAAGAAUCUCAAGUCCGCGUUCCAGAACGACACCUGCGCCGCCCACGUGGUCUUGCUCAUGACAAAUCGAAAUAUUUCCAGCAACGCCACUACACGUGCACGUGAUCUCAAGGACGGAGCUACGGACAGAACUAAGUUGUGUGAAGGUACAGUAUUCGCUGUGGUGUCUGCAAAGGGGAACUUCUCCGACACCGUGUUCACCCUGUCCAGGUUCAUAUCGAAGAUACUGGGAGUCAAGUAUGACGAGCAGACGAGUUGCAAUGCAUCACAAGGACAUAUCAUGGGCCAUUACGAUAUUUCGAGUACUCCGUACACGUUCUCCAGUUGCAGUAAAAGCGACAUUGCCGAUGCUCUCCAAACACUUCAGCGACGCAACUGCUCCAAAUCUACGCAACUGGAAGACCUCAUCACGAAACGACAGACUGGAUGAAAAUUGUAGCCGUAUCAAAACGUUGCAACAUUGGUUAUUAUACUGCGAAGAAAAUAAAAUGGCUACUUUUCCGCA